UGCCCGCCCCCGCCGCGCCAUGGAGCUGGAGAACAUCGUGGCCAACACCGUCCUGCUGAAGGCCCGCGAAGGAGGUGGCAGCAAGCGGAAGGGCAGGAGCAAGAAGUGGAGGGAGAUCCUCCGGUUCCCGCACGUCAGCCAGUGCGAUGAGCUGCGGAAGGGCUUAGAGCAGGACUACGGCAGCCUGUGCCAGAAGCAGCCCAUCGGCCGGCUGCUCUUCCGCCAGUUCUGUGAGACGCGGCCGGAGCUCCUGCGCUGCAUCCGCUUCCUGGACGCCGUGGCGGACUACGAGCUCUCCCCGGAUGAGAAGCGGAAGGAGAUGGGGGAGGAGAUCAUCCGCAGGUUCCUCAAGCAGGAGUCCCCCGAUUUCCUGCCCGAGGUCGGCCAGCCCCACGCCAGCCGGUGCCUGCAGGACCUGCAGAAGAGCCCCUGCAAGGACCUUUUCAGCAGCUGCCUGCGCCCCCUGCACGAGUACCUGAGCGGGAACCCCUUCGCUGACUACCGGGACAGCAUGUAUUUCGACCGGUUCCUGCAGUGGAAGUACCUGGAGAGGCAGUCGGUCACCAAGGACACGUUUCGGCAGUAUCGGAUCCUGGGCAAGGGCGGUUUUGGAGAGGUGUGCGCCUGCCAGGUGCGGGCCACGGGGAAGAUGUACGCCUGCAAGAAGCUGGAGAAGAAGCGGAUCAAGAAGCGGAAAGGGGAGGCAAUGGCCCUGAACGAGAAGCAGAUCCUGGAGAAGGUCAACAGCCGGUUCGUGGUGAGCCUGGCGUACGCCUACGAGACGAAGGACGCGCUCUGCCUGGUGCUGACCAUCAUGAACGGCGGCGACCUCAAGUUCCACAUCUACAACAUGGGCAACCCUGGCUUCGAGGACGAGCGCGUGGUCUUCUACGCGGCGGAAAUCUGCUGCGGGCUCCAGCACCUGCACCAGGAGGGCAUCGUCUACCGGGACCUGAAGCCGGAGAACAUCCUGCUGGAUGAUGAUGGCCACAUCAGGAUCUCCGACCUGGGGCUGGCUAUCAAGAUCCCCGAGGGCGAGACCAUCCGUGGCCGCGUAGGCACUGUCGGCUACAUGGCCCCGGAGGUGAUCAACAACGAGCGCUACGCCUUCAGCCCCGACUGGUGGGGCCUGGGCUGCCUGGUGUACGAGAUGAUCGAGGGGCAGUCGCCCUUCCGCGCCCGCAAGGAGCGGGUGAAGCGGGAGGAGGUGGAGAAGCGGGUGCAGGAGGACCAGGAGCUGUACUCGGACAAGUUCAGCGAGGACGCUCGGGCCAUCUGCAAGAUGCUCCUGGCCAAGGACCCCAAGCAGCGGCUGGGCUGCGGGGCCGACGGGGCGGCCGAGGUGAAGCGCCAUCCCUUCUUCAGGACCAUCAACUUCAAGCGCCUGGAGGCCGGCAUCAUGACGCCCUCCUUCGUGCCAGACCCCCGGGCGGUUUAUUGCAAGGAUGUGCUGGACAUUGAGCAGUUCUCGACGGUGAAGGGCGUCAACUUGGACCAAACCGACAAUGAUUUCUACGCCAAGUUUGCCACCGGCAGCGUCUCCAUCCCCUGGCAGAACGAGAUGAUCGAGACCGAGUGCUUCAAGGACCUCAACGUGUUCGGACCCAGCGGGACCCGCUCCCCCGACCUGGACUGGAGGCAGCUGCCCGAGCCCCCCAAGCGGAGCCUUCUGCAGAGGAUCUUCCGACGCCACCCCGCUGACUACACCAUCAGCACCACCAUCCACCCCCCCAACCCGGCCGCCGUGAACUCGCACCCUCCCGCGGCCAACUCCGCCUGCCGAGCCCCGGCCACGGCACCAGCACCAUCCUGA